CACUAGGAGAAUCCAAGUAAUUGAUCCUCUUUUCUUCCUUUUAUUCCAACUCUGAAACACCUAAGCAGGCACUUUUGUAGUAUGAUGAAGUGAUUGUAUUCAUUGCUGAGCUGAUUCAGACGCUGUGUAGAUAGUGUCUAGUCAGUCAGUGAGAUUGUGCUUUGUCUUGUUGUCAUUUAGAGAAUGGGAAGAGCUCCUUGUUGUUCAAAAGUGGGACUUCACAGAGGUCCUUGGACUGCUAAGGAGGAUAUGUUAUUGACUGAAUUCAUUGAAGCCAAUGGAGAAGGCCAAUGGAGGGCUCUGCCCAAAAAAGCAGGCCUGCUGAGGUGUGGAAAAAGUUGCAGGCUUAGGUGGAUGAACUAUCUUAGGCCUGAUAUAAAGCGCGGAAACAUUACUUCUGAUGAAGAAGAACUUGUAAUCCGGUUACAUAGACUGCUUGGAAACCGAUGGUCAUUGAUUGCUGGAAGACUGCCUGGCAGAACAGACAAUGAAAUUAAGAAUUUCUGGAAUACACACCUGAGUAAGAAGCUGACGAAAAAAGGGAUUGAUCCCAAAACCCAUCAACCUCUGCCUGGUAAGGAAGAGGCUCAAGAAACUUCUGAUCAGGUGAAGAGUGAUGAGAAUUCUAAAAGAAAAAGGAGAGUCAUAUUAGAAAGUGAUUCUAAGCAAGUGAAUAAGGGUCAUGUCCAACCAAUUCAUCUCCCAAAGGCAAAUAGAUUUAUAGCUUUUCCUCGUUCUACAAGCACUUCUGAUUUAACAGGUCUUUCUUUGACUAAAAAUGCCUUAGAAUCUCAAUCCAAUGGUAUUCUGCUCUCUCCCUCCAUUGAUUUGAACUCUCCCUGCUCAAUCUCAAGUUUGAACAGCACCCAAGAUAACUCUGACUAUUCCUCUUAUCUCACUCCAGUGGACAACCUUGACCCACAAAGCAUUCUUCCUGUGAGUGACUGUUUUCCAUGGCCAUGCAUUGAUGAUGACGAAAACUGGACUGUCUCAAAUUUUGAACACACUGGACAAGAAGAAGAAGAGGAGAAAAGAAUCAAUCUUAAUCCCAAUCCAAUAUCUUCUUUACAACUUCAUGAUGAUCAAAAUACCAAAGCCCUUAUUUCUCAGCAGACCAAUUCAGACAAUUAUGUUCAUUCUGAGACCAAAAUGGCAUUCAAGCAACUUAACAAACCAGGAAAAUCUUCCACCAUUAUGCUGCAAGAGGUCUAUGAAGAAUAUUUGGAGCUUUUGCAAGAGGAAUCCCCCCCUGCUAAUGAGAGAGAACUGAUUUCAGACAGUAAUGGGGAUGAAAAUGUUCAUGUUUUCUCAGAAGGUGGUCUUUCAUCCAUGUGGGAUUGUCUGCAAGGAGAUGAUGAAUUGCUGAACAAUGCUGCAACAGAGACUGCACUUUCAUUGCAGUAGUACAGAAUAUGACAUUUCUGUUCUUGUCUAUUUAUAUUUACUUGACAUUUUCAGGGAAUCGGGCAAGGCAACUACUGGUGUUUUUAUUAGUGAAUUGGAAUGAUUGAAUUAGUUAGGUAUAUUUUAUUUAGAGAUUUGGAAAUAAAUCUUCUUAAAACUCUCUGCCAGAGAUCCAGCCAUUUACUGCUUACCAUGUUUUUAUGAUGGAUCUCUAUUUAUGUAAAGUGUUUUUGGAUUUGCAUCAGUUGAAAUUGGGCUUAAAAUCACUUUGAUAAUGAAGGGUACUGCACAUUAUUCUUCGA